AUGGCCCAACCCAUCUCAAUAGGCCCAAAAGAAGACGACGAAGUAAAAAGAUGAAGGAAAAGAACAAUGUUCAUAUCAGUGCUUUGACCCCAAAAAAUCGUUGCCACACAGAGAGCUGCGAACGGUGUAAUCAAGUAACAGGGAGAGAGAGAGAGAGGUAGUGCAAGAUGGGGUUUAUAAUGGAGUUUGCUGAGAAUCUGGUGCUGAGGCUAAUGGAGGACCCUAAGGAGCGAGAUAGGAAAUUUAGGGAGCACGUGUAUGCGGUGAAGGAUCGAUGUGAGAAGACAAAAGAGAUGUGGGCCUUACCUCUCCGGCCUUAUGGGUUUUGGACAUUUGAUCGCCACAAUUCGCAGAUGAAAUGGGACGCCCAGAUUAGUCAGGUUGAAGGCAGGAGGGACCCCUAUGAUGACCUUCUCCAGCACAGCCGCGACACUGACAUUGGCAAAUCUAAAUGAGUGCUACAAGCGGAGCUCUCUAAAUUGCGUUGCAGAAAUGUUAUUUCGUGUUAGAUGCUUUUAUCAAAUCUGGUCUCUGCUUGUUAAUAAGAGUCCAUGUCACUGUUGUGUUGUGGAAGAAUUUUAUCCUUUCGAUGUGUGAAUCCUACAAGCUUUAUGUUGUCAUACUAUCUAGACAUCUCAUUGAUUCUAGUUUUUGCUUACACAGACAAUACAAAAUAAAGGCUUAAAGUA